AUGGCUUCAUCAAGUAGUGGUGGUGUUCCACCGGGGUUCCGGUUCCACCCGACCGACGAAGAGCUUCUUCAUUACUACUUGAAGAAGAAGAUUACAUUUCAAAAGUUUGACAUGGAGGUGAUAAGAGAGGUGGAUUUGAACAAGAUAGAGCCAUGGGACCUGCAAGAGAGAUGCAGGAUUGGAUCGACGCCUCAGAAUGAAUGGUACUUCUUCAGCCACAAGGACAGGAAGUAUCCCACAGGGUCAAGGACAAAUAGGGCGACGAAUGCCGGGUUCUGGAAGGCAACAGGGAGAGACAAAUGCAUACGAAACACCUUCAAGAAGAUUGGUAUGAGGAAAACUCUUGUUUUCUACCGAGGAAGAGCUCCCCACGGCCAGAAGAGUGACUGGAUCAUGCACGAGUAUAGGCUUGAAGAUGGUGAUGAUCCUCAAGGAAACAACACUGAAGAUGGCUGGGUAGUUUGCAGGGUGUUCAAGAAGAAGAAUUUAUUCAAAGUUGGACAUGGAAAUGGAGGAGGAGCUAGCAUGGCCUCUGAUCAGCUCAACAACACAUCAAACACCAAUCAACUGCGUACCCUCAUGCACAGGGACAGCCAAUAUCUAAUGCGUCCACAACACACCCAUGGCAACCAACAAGCCUUUGAUCUCUACAAGUCCGAUCUUGCCUUAAACUAUUCUCACCUCCCUGCAGUGCCAUCAUAUCCACACACCCACAAGCCAAUGGGCUACCAUGACUUCUCUACUCUCCCUUCCGACUCCCCGCUAAUGGUGAAGCAACUCAUGACAAACCCUAGAGACUGCGAAAGUGCAGGCAGCGAGAGCCUCCGGUACCAAGCUUGUGAGCAAGGAAUGGAUGUUGGGACAUGUGAGCCUUCUCAAAAUAUGGUUGCAGCUGCAAGAGAUGAGAGUUUGAAUGAAUGGGGCAUGUUGGAUAGGCUUGUGACUACUCAUCUAGGUCAUGAAGACUCGGCCAAAGGCGGUGGGAGGUUUGAGGAUGCAAAUGCAUCUUCCAUGCACCAGAUUAAUCAGCUCUCACUCCGGGGAGAGAUGGACUUUUGGGGCUAUGGAAGAUAG